ACGGGGGAGAAUAUACUUAUGAUCCAUUCCUUAAAGUAUGCCGAGAUGAAGGGAUCGUUCGACACUUCACUGUUCCUGGUAAGCCACAACAAAAUGGAGUUGCUGAGAGAAUGAACCAGACAUUAAUAGAGAAGGUUCGAUGCAUAUUGUCUCAAGCAGGAUUGAGUAAGGCAUUUUGGGCUGAGGCUCUCAGUUAUGCAGUUCACUUGGUGAAUCGUUUACCUGUUUCUGGAAACGGUGGGAGAACUCCGCUUGAGACUCAAAGCUGGAUCCUAGAGCAAAAAAAGCCAAGUUUAUGGGCUUUAGCAAAGAAAAUUGAAAAUAAUGACGAGGCAUUGAAGCAGGUGGAGAAGGUGGUGUUCUCUCCUGAUGUGGUUGCUCCUACUGAAGAACCUAUUGACCAGGUAAAUAAUAACUUUGAUGUCUUAGAACAGAAAGAGCAAAGUCUGGAGGAGCAAAGCCUUGUAAAUGAAAGAGUGGAGGAACCUGAGUCUAUCGCCAAGAAUAGACCACGAAGGGUAAUUCGAAAACCUGCAAGGUUUGAUGAUACGAUAGCAUAUGCUUUCUCUAUAAUUGAUGGAGUUCCCAACUUACGUAUUGAGGCUUGAGGUGGUAGCAACCAACUCAGUUAUCAACUUGGAGAUCUUAUGACAAGG